AUGGCCUUGUCCCCAGAGGGAGAUGACAUCCAUCUACCGCGGUGCAUGGUGGGAAUGAUCAGAUCAGGUAAAACGAGACAGUCUGAGCCGCAAGAACAGGUGAAUGAUUAUUGAAUUACUGUAGGACUGCUGUUAAUGCCGUCGUCCAAAGAUACCCGUUAUCUUGGUCCCAUAAUAAACAAAUAGUGGAUGUUUUGACGCGAGCGGUCCAAUUAACUUUAAUGGGAGCCCGAAUGAAAAUCGGAGAUACGCGACAAAAAGAGGUCGACAACUCGCCAAAAGCCUGGAAUUAGCAGCAGGUAGGUUAAAUAUAACUUUGUUGAUAGUAUUCUUGUUAGUGUUAACAUCAAUUUGUUAUUUGACAGGUGGGUCAUAAUUUAAUAGUUUCAAUGGCUGCAUUAUAUCCCAAUGGUCUUUAUUUCCUUCUGUAUGCCUGUAGUAUGUCAUCAAUACAUUUAUUUGACAACAUUUAUUUAUUUAUUUUGAUGAAUACAUUUUUGUCUUUCUUUAUUUGUCUGUAGCCUUAGCAGUAUAAGUUUUCCUAUACCAUUUUAAACGCGUUGACAAAGCAACAACAUUACAACAAUACACAGGCCUAACCAUCCGUUGUUAUUGCCUAAUGUUAUACAAGUUCAAGUUCUUAAUCCACAUAAAACCGUGUGCACUGUGAAGGCAGACAACGUCUUACGAUGGAAAACAUCCAAAUGCCUAUGGCACAAGUCCUCCUGUACACGCGCACAUGUUGUUUAUCUGUUUCUGACAGGUAUUGCAUUUCUCCCAUAGAGGAUGCUCCUCUGUAGGCCUAUAGUAACUGUUCCACCAUUUUUAAUGUAGGUCCACUGACCUGUCAGUUUCUUCAUGAGUGCAUAAAAUGGCCAAACAGGCCUGUCUAUAUCUGUAAAGGACAAAAUAAUGCAUUAUAAAAAUGAUAUAUUCCGAUUUUCUUAAUUCUGUGAAUAUAGAGUUGUAGGCCUAUUUAUCCAUAAAACAUGACAUUAACAAAAAAGUAUGUAAAGUAAGCUUGAUUUGUAGCCUACUGUGGGAGGGUGGUAGGCGGGUAGGCCUACUAUUCAGUCAUCACAUUUAUUGCUUUCAAUUGAUCCUCUUGAGUCUCCUCUUACCACCACUUGUAAUGGUAUAGUAUUUCAGCUAUCCCUAAAGUGGCGCAGUGGUCUAAGGCACUGCAUCGCAGUGCUAACUGUGCCACUAGAGAUCCUGGUUCAAAUCCAGGCUCUGUCGCAGCCGGCCGCGACCGGGAGACUCAUGGGGCGGCGCACAAUUGGCCCAGCGUCGUCCAGGGUAGGGGAGGGAAUGGCCGGCAGGGAUGUAGCUCAGUUGAUAGAGCAUGGCGUUUGCAACGCCAGGGUUGUGGGUUCGAUUCCCACGGGGGGCCAGUAUUAAAAAAAAUAUGUAUUCACUAACUGUAAGUCGCUCUGGAUAAGAGCGUCUGCUAAAUGACUAAAAUGUAAAUGUAAAGUCUGGACAAGUCUUGGUGACAAUAGUGCUGGUUUAAAUGAGGAAGAUGAGGUAAUCCAGAGCAUUGCAUUGAAGUAUAUCUAUGACUGACAUGAUUAAACCUCUUAUGUAAAUGACAGGGUGUGUCAUUGUUAAGUCAGCAAUUCAAGAUAUAGUGCCUUUGAUCACUUUCUCAGAAAGAAAUGGGUAAAUCCAUUUGAAUUCAAGCACUGUUUGACAGCACCCCUUUUGAUUUGAACAAACCCUCAUAUUUGCCCACUGCAGAAGUGCUCAGAAAGUGACUUUUUGGACCUGAAUGCCAAAACAUUAGAGAUAAAGGUGCUCAAAAUUGACCCAUUUUGAAUACCAUACCAUGAGACAGCCAUGUUUUCAUCACUGGAAAAGACCAACGGUCUAAUUUUUAUUUUUUUAUUUUUACAAUUAACGUAAAUUAUCUAAAAACACGUAAAGGCAGAUUUGUUUUGCAGUUUAGACCCUAUUUGACAUAAUUUAAGGUUUUUCUGUUGUGCCCAGCAUUGGUUGAGACACAACAUGCUCUUGAAUACAGGGUGGGUGCCAUGAUUUGGCUGAUAAAUGUACUAAAAUGGGAAUAAAAUUUACAUUUCAACUUUCAAAUGGUACCACAAAGAUGGUUGGAGUUCCACAUAUCAGAGAAUGUUGACUUGAAUGGGAAUAUCUGUUGUGUUAAAUUAUACUCUCAAUCCUCUAUAAGAAUCCUAUUGAAAUUAUAGAAAUAUAGAUUAGACAUUUAAGUUGAAAUUCGACGGUGGGUGGACCGGCGGUCAUCUUUGUGAUAGUAAUUAGAAGUUAAAAUGUCAAUUCAAUUAACAUUUCAAUGGUGUACCAGCUAAAUUGCAGUGGUCUGAAGGGAUAGGUCCAUUCUCUGAAUUCAAUUUCUAUGAUUGAAAUGACACCCACCCUGUAUUCAAGAGCAUGUUGUUUUUCAAUCAAUGGCGGGCACAACACAAAAACCUCAGAUGAUGUGAAAUAGGGUCUAAGCUACAACCUAUGCAAAAAUAAACAAAAAUGUGAGUUUACGCGUUUUUGGAUAAUUAACGUUAAAUGUUUAAAAUUUCACAAUUUCUAUAAAAAUUACAUUAAAAAAAAUAAUAAUCAAAUACACUGAACAAAAAUAUAAACGCAAAAUGCAACAAUUUCAAGGAUUUUACUGAGUUACAGUUCAUGUAAGGAAAUCAGUCAAUUUAAAUAAAUUAUUUAGCCAUGGGUCAGCCUGGGAGGGCAUAGGACCACCCACUGGGGAGCCAGGCCCAGCCAAUCAGAAUUAGUUUUACCCCACAAAAGGGUUUUAUUAUAGACAGAAAUACUCCUCAGUGAACCUGUGUAAUGAUCAUGCUGUUUAAUCAGCUUCUUGAUAUGCCACACCUGUCAGGUGGAUGGAUUAUCUUGGCAAAGGAGAAAUGCUCACUAACAGGGAUAAAUAAGCUUUUUGAGCGUAUAGAACAUUUCUGGGAUCUGUUAUCUCAGCUCAUGAAACAUGGGACCAACACUUUACAUGUUGCGUAUAUAUUUUUGUUCAGUAUAGUUUGACGACACUAUUUGUAAGCUUUUAAAUUAUCUCAAACUCAACCGUUUAUCUUUUCCAGUGAUGAAGACAUUGAUGUCUCAAGGUAUGGUGGUGUAUGCAAAAUGGGCCAACUUUGAGUUCUUUUAUCUCCUGAAUGUUUUAGCAUUCAGGUCCAAAAAGUCACUUUCUGACCACUUCUUCCAUGGGCAAACAUGAAUGGAAAUAUACUGUAUGUUUAAAUCAAAAGAGAUUCUGUCAAAAAGUGAUUGAAUUCAAAUAGAUUUACCCAAAUAUUAAAUAAGAGCACCACUCUUUUCAUCUUUAGAUCCGUUAUAGGUCCUUUAUAAACUGACUGCAGCAUGAGUCCCAAUCAAUUCCAAUGACCACUGUUUACCAUUACAACUGCCAUACGGUGCCCUCCUCCCAGGAGCCACUAGUAAACCGAUAUCCUUGUGUUAAUGUAUGGUCUGCUGCAGCUGGCCUGCCUUUUGCUGUUAUGCUGAUGUAGCCUCCUGCUCAGGCCCAGCACAGCUCCCUCUCUUGUUCCCCAUAGACACCUGUUUCUCCUCUUAGGCGCUUGGCUUCACAGUGCAGCCCUCCUGUCCUGUACUCCCAUUAGUAUUGGUAUGGUGUAAGGGUGAUCAGAGGCCUUUUAUGCUCAUGAUUAAAGUUCAGGCUUCCCAUCUGGUCUUUGAUAAGCCAAACUUAUUGUAUUUAUUUUUUGAGGCCAUCCUCUGUAGCCCUGCUGCAAGAUGCAUCAACAUGUUAUUGCCACAGAGAGCAGGGACUGUGAAAUAGAACACCCAACCAGAAAUAUAACACCCACUACUAUUUUUUAUUUGUAUCUGUAGCAGGUCAAGAUUUAUAUUGUUUUGGGUUUUCAUUUAAUGUCAGAACUGCACACCAACCAUAUGAUCAGACCUUUUCUCUCUGGACCCAUUCUCAUUGUACUACACAAUCCACUCCAACCCCUCAAUGUGGCAUGAUGCCCCACUGACCAGGAAGUAGGAUACAUCAUGUGUUAUGACUUGAGUCAUUGAACUGGGCGGCUGUCAGCUCCAGGCUUUAUGCCUUCAGUCUCACAGGAGCAAAAUGACACCGUUGUCCCCAGAUGUGUUUUACUUACAUAACCAUUUUUGUCUGUAUUGGCUAUUCACUGUUUCCUUUGGCUGCCAGAAUGCAUAGUCAUUGUGGUUAUGAAAGUUUGCAUAAAAAUCCCCAGGUAGAUCACUUUACAGUUUCAAAGGCUCUGGCAGGGUGUCAGUUCAGCAUACUGUUGUCAUCGGUGACACACCCCUGCAGUGGUAAACAUAGACUACACUUGUAGUUUUGCACUUUGCACGGAACUUGGAGCAUCAUAUGUUCUGAUAAGAUGAUUUGUUUUGUGAAACAGCUAUAGGACAGAUAAAAAUGGAUUGUCAUUAUGGUAGGCUUGUUAGAAGUGAUUUAUCCCCUCUCCUUUCUCCUCUGUGUGUUUGUCUUUGUGUGUCUAGGGGCUGCUGUUUGUGAGACAUCUCAGUUCAGUACCAGCUGUAUUUUACUGUAAAUCACUACUAGUCACAAGUCACUUUAGCAUACUGGCAGUGGUAAAAUUAUAGUUGUAUAUAGGGCUGCACGAUAUAUCAUUUCAGCGUCGACAUUGCGAUGUAUGCAUCCGCAAUAGUCACAUCGCAGAACGUGCGAUUUAGUAAGGUAAACAUGUCAGUCAACAAUAUAUAUUUUUUUGUAAUGUUAAACUAGCAUUAUAUCUGUCUGAUAUAACGUCAUUUACUCCGAUUUAUGGGUUUCGUUGCUGCACGUGGUUGACAUGCAGGCUCUGCUUGCGCGUGACGAAAUGAUGAGCGAGGAACAGGCAAAAAGAGACCGAAAUUGAGAAUUUGGUUGCAAAAAUAAAUGCAUCGUCAAUUAUAUGGUAAUAUUUCGGCUACAGACAGGAUGAUGUUGACCAAAAAGGUACUUUGUCGAGAGUGCCUUGCAAUUGUUGCCACAACACGAGGCAACACGACCAAUUUGUUCGAUCAAUUAAGGCGGCACCACAAAUCUUCGUAUGAUGAGUGCAAAGCAUCUCAAUGCCCUCCAAAGCAAAAAUCUAUUUCGGAUGCCUUGUAUUACACCAUACGAGAAAGGUUCCAAACGGCAGAGAGAAAUCACAGAUUCAAUAACAUUUGACGUCGCCAAAGAAGAUUAACACGGUUACCAAAGAGGGUUUUAAAAACAUGAUCCGGUCGCUUGACAAGCGGUAUGUAAUGCCAUCACACAACUAUGUUUCUCAAGUUGCCAUCCCAGAGUUGUACGAGAAAUGCAAGGCACAAGUUGAAACAGAGCUGUCACAAGUGGAAUAUUAUACAGCAACAACGGACUUGUGGUCCAGCCGGACAACGGAGCCCUACAUAAGUCUGACCGUACACUUUAUUAAUGAGGACUUCCACCUGAAAAGUCGCUGUUUGCAAACUGCAUUUUCCCCAUCCCAUUUUCAAAUCGCAAUAUAUAUCGCAGAAAAACAAAAUAUCGCAAUGUCAGUUAUUUCCAAUAUCGUGCAACCCUAGACUUGUAUAUCUAAAGCUAGUUGAUUAGCCAACACAUUGUCAUAGUCCAACACAACACUGUUUACUGUGGAGUGUUGCCAUUAGCCAUAUUACCACCAGUACAUAAUUCCAUGCUGCCAUUGAACACCACUGUAGGACCUUUAUUCACUUUGUGUGUCCCAUAUAUGCAUACACACUGAGUGUAAAACCAUUAGGAACACCUGCUCUUUCCAUGACAGACUGACCAGGUUAAAGCUAUGAUCCCUUAUUGAUGUCACUUGUUAAAUCCACUUCAUUCAGUGUAGAUGAAGGGGAGGAGACAGGUUAAAGAAGGAUUUUUAAGCCUUGAGACAAUUGAGACAUGGAUUGUGUAUAUGUGCCAUUCAGAGGGUGAAGUAGUAGGUGCCAGGCGCAACGGUUUGUGUUAAGAACUGGAACGCAGCUGGGUUUUUCACACUGAACAGUUUCCUGUGUGUAUCAAGAAUGGUCCACUACCCAAAGGACAUCCAGACAACUUGGCACAACUGUGGGAAGCAUUGGAGUCAACAUGGGCCAGCAUCCCUGUGGAACACUUUCGACACCUUGUACAGUCCAUAUGACCAUGUACAAGUAUUUUAAAAUGGUGAACCCUCCCCUUCCUCCUCCUCCUCCAUACAGGGUAGAGCUGAGAGAGGCACCAUGCUGUCGGGGGAGGAGAUUCUGUGCAGCACGCGGCAAGUGAUAGCGGGCCUGGAGGCCCUGCGCGGUGAGAACCACACCCUCCUAGACAACCUGCAGAAGGCACUGGAAGGCCGGCCGGUGGCCGAGAGUGGCAGUGUGGAGCAGGAGAAGAGUGGCAUCAUCCGCCAGUCUCUGGAGAGGAUAGAGCUGGGCCUGGGAGAGGCCCAGGUGGGGUCAUACUGGAGAUGAGGGAAUGCAUGGAGAAUGGGUGAAGUUGUAUUUUGGCUGUAUUGGAUCUGUACAUGUAUAUAUGUACACCUACUUCACUCUCUCUUUCUUUCCCUCUCCCUCCUCCCUCUCUCUCGUCCUCCCCAGGUGAUGAUGGCUCUGUCGGCCCACCUGGGCUCCCUGGAGGCAGAGAAGCAGAAGCUGCGGACCCAGGUACGGAGGCUGUGCCAGGAGAACCAGUGGCUGAGGGACGAGCUGGCCAGGGCCCAGCAGAGGUUGCAGGACAGGGAGCAGGAGGUGGUCACCCUGGAGGAGCAGAACAGACACCUGCAGUUCAUGAGCAGCAUCCGCAAGUACGACCAGGAGGAGCCCCCACCGGUAUGUCACAGACAACCACAAUCAGGGUCGUAUUCAUUAGGCACCAAACGGGAAAGAACAGACUGAUACAGUGAGGAACUACCAAAACUUGUCUAAUGAGAAAUGCUCAUAUUCGCUUUCCAUUGCAAAAUGUUUCGCUACAGUGUACCGUAAUGAAUAUGACCCAGUACAUGGUGCAUGUGUUUGCCUCAUCUCUUAUGUUAUGACUAAAGCUAAGCUGUUGGUGGCUUAUCAGAACAGGUUGCAAUGUGUUUCUCUGUAUAGUUCAUAUAGGUACUCCCCUCAGCUCUGUACUAUCAAUCUAGUAAUGUUUUCUAUGUCGACAGGAUGACAAAGAGACGGGCUCCACCAAGGAGUCCCUAGAUGACCUUUUUCCCACGGAUGAGGAGGAACAGUCACAGAGUACGUGCACUUGUCAAAUGAGACGGAUAUUCUUGUCUAUCUAUCUGCUGUGCAUGUAUGUGUGUCGGUGUCCCGAUGUGUCUCUCUGUGUUGCGUAGUCUGUCACUCGCUGUGCGUUUGUUUGUGUAUGUGUCUAUGUACAGUUGAAGUCAGAAGUUUACAUACAUCUUAGCCAAAUACAUUUAAACUCAGUUUUUCACAAUUCCUGACAUUUAAUCCUAGUAAAAAUUCCCAGUUUUAGGACAGUUAGGAUCACCACUAUUUUAAGAAUGUGAAAUGUCAGAAUAAUUGUAGAGAUAAUUAUUUAUUUCAGCUUUUAUUUCUUUCAUCACAUUCCCAGUGGGUCAGAAGUUUACAUGCACUCAAUUAGUAUUUGGUAGCAUUACCCUUAAAUAGUUUAACUUGGGUCAAACGUUUGGGGUAGCCUUCCACAAGCUUCCCACAAUAAGUUGGGUGAAUUUUGGCCCAUUCAUCCUGACAGAGCUGGUGUAACUGAGUCAGGUUUGUAGGCCUCCUUGCUCGCACACGCUUUUUCAGUUCUGCCCACACAUUUUCUAUAGGAUUGAGGUCAUGGCUUUGUGAUGGCCACUCCAAUACCUAAGCCAUUUUGCCACAACUUUGGAAGUAUGCUUGGGGUCAUUGUCCAUUUGGAAGACCCAUUUGCGACCAAGCUUUAACUUCCUGACUGAUGUGUUGAGAUGUUGCUUCAAUAUAUCCACAUAAUUUUCCUUCCUCAUGAUGCCAUCUAUUUUGUGAAGUGCACCAGUCCCUUCUGCAGCAAAGCACCCCCAUAGCAUGAUGCUGCCACCCCGUGCUUCACGGUUGGGAUGGUGUUCUUCGGCUUGAAAGCCACACCCUUUUUCCUCCAAACAUAACGAUGGUCAUUAUGGCCAAACAGUUCUAUUUUUGUUUCAUCAGACCAGAGGACAUUUCUCCAAAAAGUACGAUCUUUGUCCCAUGUGCAGUUGCAAACCGUAGUCUGGCUUUUUUAUGGCUGUUUUGGAGCAGUGGCUUCUUCCUUGCUGAGCGGCCUUUCAGGUUAUGUCGAUAUAGGACUUGUUUUACUGUGGAUAUAGAUACUUUUGUACCUGUUUCCUCCAGCAUCUUCACAAGGUCCUUUGCUGUUGUUCUGGGAUUGAUUUGCACUUUUCGCACCAAAGUACGUUCAUCUCUAGGAGACAGAACGCGUCUCCUUCCUGAGCGGUAUGACGGCUGCGUGGUCCCAUGGUGUUUAUACUUGCGUACUAUUGUUUGUACAGAUGAACGUGGUACCUUCAGGCGCUUGGAAAUUGCUCCCAAGGAUGAACCAGACUUGUAGAGGUCUACCAUUUUUUUCUGAGGUUUUGGCUGAUUUCUUUUGAUUUUCCCAUGAUGUCAAGCAAAGAGGCAUGGAGUUAGAAGGUAGGCCUUGAAAUACAUCCACAGGUACACCUCCAAUUGACUCAAAUGAUGUCAAUUAGCCUAUCAGAAGCUUCUAAAGCCUUGACAUCAUUUUCUGGAAAUUUCCAAGCUGUUUAAAGGCACAGUCAACUUAGCGUAUGUAAACUACUGACCCACUGGAAUUGUGAUACAGUCAAUUAUAAGUGAAAUAAUCUGUCUGUAAACAAUUGUUGGAAAAAUUACUUGUGUCAUGCACAAAGUAGAUGUCCUAACCGACUUGCCAAAACUAUAGUUUGUUAACAAGAAAUUUGUGGAGUGGUUGAAAAAUUAGUUUUAAUGACUCCAACCUAAGUUUAUGUAAACUUCCGACUUCAACUGUACAAUAUAUUUGUGAGUGAGUAUAUGUGUCUUUGGAUGUUUGUGUUAAUGUAUAUGUGUGUGUGUGUGUGUAUGAGUGACUCUCUCUACCCCCCUCUUGUGUCCUCCUGUCCCCCAGUAUCUCAGCCCCACGGUAGUAGUGCGGUGGCAGCGGCCCAGCAGGGAGGCUAUGAGAUCCCGGCCCGCCUGAGGACCCUCCACAACCUGGUGAUCCAGUACGCCUCCCAGGGCCGCUAUGAGGUGGCUGUGCCCCUCUGCAAACAGGCCUUGGAGGACCUGGAGAAGUCCUCAGGCCACAGCCACCCUGACGUGGCCACCAUGCUCAACAUACUGGCCCUGGUCUACAGGUGAGUGGAGCCACGUUAGCCUAGCAUAACCUCCAUGCUAGGUCUUACUGUGGGGGAUUUCCAUAGUGUGGCUAGUUCUGUUAGCCAUAUGCUAAUGGUAAAGGCUGUUUCGCUUUUCUCUGCAGAGACCAGAACAAGUACAAAGAGGCAGCUAACCUCCUGAAUGAUGCGUUGGCCAUUCGGGAGAAGACCCUGGGUAUAGACCACCCUGCGGUAUGUUCCUCUAUAGUGAAGGUCAAGGGUCACCAAAAUGGCUUUCCCCAGCACAGUGGAGAAGCAGCUACAGUAUGUAACCAGUGGUGUAGUGGAGGGUAAACGCACGUUAAACAAAAUUUGGCCAACAGUUUACCCAUCUUUUGCGGAAGAAUCUAUUGAAAAUAUAGGGAGUGUUUCUUUUUUCAUCGCGACCGGCAAUCAGAGUUUACCCACCACUGUAUGUAACUAACAGUACUGUAUUUGUUUAUAGGUGGCAGCCACACUAAACAACCUUGCUGUACUGUAUGGAAAGAGAGGGAAGUACAAGGAGGCUGAGCCACUGUGUAAGAGAGCCCUGGAGAUCAGAGAGAAGGUAGUGAGGCAGUAACCUAGCAGCACCGUGACUAGAAACCCUGCCCUCUGAUGGACAAAUGGCAACUCUGCAAGCAUUCUGUAGUAUAGCACUGCUACAGUACAAAUUUAUAUUGUACUGUCAUUUCUCAAUCAUGCAAGCAAAAAGUCAUAUUACCUAUCACUCGUUACUUCUUUCAACAAUAAAUAAUUACUUAGUACUCCCUGGGAAAAGUAAUUUGUUCCACUACUCGUUUUAGUACUUUUGCGUUACAUCCCAAAACGUUGCACGUCCUCACUCAAUGUAAACAAUGUUAUGUUUCUAGCAGUGGAGAGGUGUUUCUCUCCUGGGCACAGUUUACAUUUGACUGUUAUAUUCUUAUAAUUUUGUCCUACCAAAUCAAAGUAAUGGGAGUACUUCCGCGCUGAGAAACUCAAUGUUUUAGACGCUUCUGCCAUUUCCAUCUCCCCCACUAAAGCAGUUACUAGUAGAGUGUGUGUGUGUAAACAGGAACUUGGUGAGAGGGCGUCAGACGAAAACAAUUAGAAUCUGGGGCGGGGGGGAUUUUAUAAAUUAUUUUGUGGCAUCACAAAUACUUAUUUGGAUCAGUAACUGUAAUAGGAAAUGAAUGAUAACACAAAUAACAACCCAUUUUUUUUUUUCAGUAACUGUAUUAUUUAAAUUGGAAGAGUAACUCUGUUAUAUUACACAUUACCGCAAAAAGUAAUUUAAUUACUGUAAUGCGUUACUUUGUAAUGCGCUACCCCUAACACUGCUUAUUACCCAAACCUGCCUGUUCAUCUCCAUUCACCCCCCUCCCCUCUUGUUGUUGUGGGCAGGUGUUAGGCACGGACCACCCUGACGUGGCAAAGCAGCUGAACAACCUGGCGCUGCUGUGUCAGAACCAGGGAAAGUACCAUGAAGUGGAGCAGUACUACGAGCGUGCCCUGCACAUCUACCAGAGCAGGCUGGGCCCCGACGACGCCAACGUGGCCAAGACCAAGAAUAACCUGGUGAGGGAUGGAGAGAGAGAAUGGAGGGAGGGGUAUAAAGGGGGAGUGGACAUGGUUGGCAUGGUCACUGGGCUAGAUGAUACCAUAUUAUGUGUGUGUAUAAUAUGCUAUGAUUGGGUAGAAGUAGGGGACAUUGACCCAAGCUGCAUGCGUGUGCCUAUCGAUCUGAGGUGUGAUAGCGCUAUUUGUGACUCUAGUAUUGCUGUAUUUCUGGCUACAGGCUUCAUGUUACCUGAAACAAGGGAAGUACAGACAAGCUGAGGCUCUGUAUAAAGAGAUCCUGACCCGGGCCAACGAAAAAGAGUUUGGAUCUUCGGAUGGUGAGCGCAAACUCAUAAUAUGAUCUUUUGAAAUCUGCUCUCUAGGUUCAAUAGCAUUUUGAUCCUAAAAGGGUAUUGGAAUAAAAAUGUAUCUCCGAUAUGUACUGUAAAUAGCUAAUCGUACUGGAUGAUGCCACUGAUGUGUAUCUGUAACAGUGUUGCUUCCAACCCUCUCCUCGCCCCUACCUGGGCUUGAACCAGGGACCCUCUGCACACAUCGACAACAGUCACCCUCGAAGCACCGUUACCCGUCGCUCCACAAAAGCCGCGGCCCUUGCAGAGCAAGGGAAACAACUACUUCAAUGUCUCAGAGCGUGUGACGUCACCGAUUGAAAUGCUACUAGCGCGCACCGCUAACUAGCUAGCCAUUUCACACCGGUUACAUAUCCUCUGUGAUGUUGGUGUCUCAGGUGAGGUGCGGGAUAUCUGGACCCAGGAUGGGCUGGGCAGUCUGAAGCGCAGCAGCUCGUUCACCAAGCUCCGCGAGUCGAUACGCAGGAGCAGUGAGAAGCUGGUCAGGAAGCUGAAAGGAGUCGGAACUCAGGAUACCACCCCUCCGACUCCUGGGUAAAGACCAAGUCCUCAUUCUGCAAGUGUUAGCUCUCAAAAUGAUGUCCAAUUUGUUACUCUCACUCUCUCUUUCUGGUUCUCUCUCAGGAUGAAAAGGGCUAAUUCUCUGAAUGUGCUGAACGUGGGUGUGAGGGAGCGUCAAGUGGCAAGGGUGAGCAGCAGUUUCUGAUUUCUGGCUUUUUCUCACAUUUCUGUACAAUAUGAUUGUUAGUGUUUAUUCAUCACCUUUCAUUUGAUGUGCUUCAUAUCCUAAGGCAUUUCUCUGGCUGUGUCAUCAAAAUCAAUGUACUGUAUAUGUCAUUGUUAUACACAUAGUCAGACUAGUCAAGUGUUUUGUAUGUUCUUCCAGAGCCCCAGCGGCCUAACGGAGAACCGAACCCUGAGCUCCAGCACCCAGAGUCUGGCACGCCGAGGGUCCCUCAGCUACACCUCUGAACACUACCAGUUUAAUCUGGAAAUGAAAUGA